AUGAGUGCUGCCUUCGCAAGGAGUGCUGCCUUCGCACAGAGUGCAGCCUUCGCACAUAGUGCUGCCUUUGCAAGGAGUGCUGCCUUUGCACAGAGAUCUGCAUUCGCAUUGAGUGGUGCCUUCGCAAGAAGUGCUGCCUUCGCAAGGAGUGCUGCCUUCGCUAGGAGUGCUGCCUUCGCAAGGAGUGCUGCCUUCGCAAGGAGUGCUGCCUUCCCACGGAGUGCAGCCUUCGCACGUAGUGCUGCCUUCCCACGGAGUGCUGCCUUUGCACAGAGAUCUGCAUUCGCAGGGUGUGGUGCCAUCGCAAGAAGUGCUGCAUUCGCAAGGUGUGCAGCCUUCGCUAAGAGAGCUGCCUUCAAAAGGAGUGCUGCCUUCGCAAGGAGUACUGCCUUCGAAUGGAGUGCUGCCUUCGCAAGGAGUGCUGCCUUCGCAAGGAGUGCUGCCUUCGCUAGGAGUGCUGCCUUCGCUAGGAGUGCUGCCUUCGCAAGGAGUGCUGCCUUCGCAAGGAGUGCUGCCUUCGCACGGAGUGCAGCCUUCGGACGUAGUGCUGCCUUCCCACGGAGUGCUGCCUUUGCAUAG